AUGUCAGAAAGUACAGCAGACGAUUACACAUUCCCGUAUAAAAUACAAAAAGUAUGUGUCAUAGGUGCCGGUGUCGCUGGCAUGAUAGUAGCUAAAGUCCUGAUGGAUAUUGGGUUGAACGUAAUUGUUUAUGAGAGAGGCGAACAACCUGGAGGAGUAUGGAUCUACUCUGAGGAUACUGGACCAGUACCGUUAUUUCCGAGUACGGAUCCAAAGAUAUCCGAUCCUCCUGAGGAAGUGCCAAACACCAAAUCAUCUUGUUCUUUCACCACUCAUCAUAUCCGUAAUGUAUCUCCCAUCUAUGCCGGCCUUCACACCAAUAUACCAACGCCAGUUAUGACAUAUUUCAAUACGACAUAUCCACCAAAUACGCCUUUAUUCCCUAAUCACGAAGUCAUAUUAUCAUACCUAAAAUCGUUCGUUGAGGAACAUAAACUGAAUGAUGUUAUUUCUUAUAAUAUGAAUGUAACAAGAGUCAUCGAAAGCGAAAAUGGAUGGAAGGUUAUUACAAAGAGCUUGAAGAGAGCAAGUGACGAACAAAUACAGAACGAUAAGCAAAAAAUAAGUCUUGUUGAGAGUAAUGCGAAGAUGGAGACAAUUGGGGAGGAUCGAGAGGCAAUUCCCGAUUAUAAUCGAAAAGACUUUAGCGCGCACGACAGUGAUGACGCAGAAUAUGUGGCUGAAUGGAGGGAGGAACAUUUUGAUGCAGUAGUGGUUUGUACUGGUCACUACAAUGUGCCAUAUAUUCCAGAAAUCAAUGGCCUCAAGGAGUGGGCAAAUACGUGGCCUGACCGCAUAUUGCAUUCUAAGCAAUACCGCCGACCUGAUUUAUUUGAAGACCAGCCAACAUUAGUGAUAGGGAGCGCGGCAUCAGGAUCAGAUAUCUCACGCGAACUCGCCUUGACUUUUAAAUCACCAAUAUACCUUUCCGUGCGCAACAUCGAUUCACUGACAAGCAUUGCCGAGUCGGUAAUUGUCAAACCUAUUGUAAAGAGGUUUAUUGUAUCUUAUUUGGACACAUCCAACGAUAAUAACAAUGACAGCAACUACAUUCACGAGAAAAGGAACAUUCCUUACGGCCAAGUCGAAUUUAUAGAUGGUACAGUUAUAAAUGUGCAUAGAAUUAUUUUUGCAACAGGUUUUAUGUAUUCGUAUCCUUUUCUACACGGUAUUGAGAUUGGAAAGAAUGGAGACGUCAGUCAGGAGAGAAUACUGGUUACAAGCGGAGAAAGAGUUUAUAACUUGUAUAAACAAGUGUUUUAUAUACCCAAUCCGACAUUGACAUUCGUAGGCCUUCCAAUAAAGGUAUCCCCGAUCCCUGUGAGCCACGCGCAAGCUCUUCUGAUCUCACACGUCUUCGCAUCCCGUAUCCGACUUCCCUCUUUCACUUCCAUGCGUAAAGAAUAUAAUUUGACUUCUCUUGAUACAAUGUUCACGACUCCUAGAAAAUAUCAUAUAUUUGGCACUGUGAACGCGUGCGAGUAUACCAGGGAAAUACUUGAAUGGGUUAAUAGCGGUAAGAAUGAAGAAGCAGGCGAGAAGAAGGAAGUAUUUGAGAAUUGGAGAGAAGAUUUGCACCUCGCUGCUAGGGAACUCAGAGCUAAAGAACUUGGAUAUUGA